UACCAUGUCAAACUUGUGGCUGAAGCUAAACAAGGACCUAACGGGUCUCACCUGACAAACUCAUCAAAUGGGCCCUGUCGCUUAGCGUUUACUCGCCUCAUCUACCGACCGUCAUCCUGAAUCGCAAUUGGUGUUCCUUCCACAUCAUCGCUCACCACAUUUAAAAGUUCUUUAUCAUAGUAUGAAUAUCAUUAGACGAAGAAGUAUAUCAAGGUUAAUUGACACGUUCUCUACCAGAAAAAGGUUGUUGUGAGCUUUCCAUCUUUGCGAGGUUGACGUAAAAGUUGCAGAAAAAAUGGCAGCAAUUCCAUCCAGCGGAUCUCUCAUCGCCACCCAUGACUACUACCGUAGGCGCAUAGGAUCAACAUCUAGCAACAGUUCCUGUAGCAGUUCGGAGUAUUCAGGGGAGGUCAUUCCUCACCCACCAGGUGUAACCAGGCAGGACUCAGGCCACUGGUGGUCUUCCUUCUUCUUUGCAAAGGGCCAGCCUGGAAUGCCCAACGCUGUCGACUCAAAGAUGAACGGGACCUACACCGUAUCCAAUGGGCAGGUGACCUGCAUAGCCAGGGAGAUGGUGCUGAAGAGGCAGACCAGCGAGACCAGCGACUCUGGGAAGGCGGAGGCAGGAACUUCCCCCUCCCCGUGAGCCCACCACCCAAACACCACCACCCCUACCCCUCCCCACACCACCCGGGCCGGAACUCCUAACACACCCUGCUCCUGUUCUUGCCAGUUCACCCUGAUCCCCAAGCUUGACCCUUGGUACUCCUAACCUUACCCAUCCGUCAACCCCCAGAUGCCAUCUCCGGAAGAUACAGGCGAUGGUGGCUCUGUUUUAAAUAUUUGCUUUUUUUACUCUGUAGAUAGACUAUUGUAAAACUAUUUGUAAGUAUUUUUCCUUGGUUUUGUAAUUACUAUUAAAAUGUGAAAGAGGCCAAAAAAGUUGUCAUUUUGUGGCUUGAAGCCUGUAGAGCAUAAUGUGUUACUGUGCUCACAUUGUCAUCAUGUUUGCAUUGAAUAAAGUUGCUUUUGAAGCUUA